CUGCUCCCUCGUCUUCUUGCCACAAGGACAUCAAACACCAGAAUAUCCAAUUUGAUUCAUGAUCUCCGAGGAUGAGAUCGCCAAUUACGAAGACUUUCGAGACUGCGUGUCCGAAGUGUUGAUUUCGAGACUUUCGGGUACUGCAGACAAGAAGAAGAAGAAGGCCACCAAAGGCCGCAAGAAUGAGAUCAAGCCAGUGAGCAAGCCAGAGCAAGAUCAAGAGAACAGCGAUGCUCUGGUUGCUGAUCUGGGUGAAACGAUAGAGUAUCUCGCCUCUGAGAUAUUCCCUUCAUUGCCCGACGACUUACGAGUCUUGUCGUAUAGUGAUGUCCAAAAUGAUAAACAGCUAGCUGAAAAGUACAGCGUGCCUCUCGACUCGGAUGUUUACGAGGAUCUGUUACAGCCAAUGCCAUUGUCUGUGUCAGAUUCGUUGACCUCGUAUGGUCUACUCUCUGAUUCUACAGACCUGCCACGGUUACUGGAACCUGUGUUCACGUCCUACAUUACGAGUAGAACCACUGCACCGCCAGAGUUUGCACCAGCCAGUCGAGCCACCGAGUGUGAAAUCUGCGAGAGGGAGCAUCUGCCACUCACCUAUCAUCAUCUGAUCCCAAGAGCUGUGCAUGCAAAGGUUGUCAAACGUGGCUGGCAUGCUAGCUGGGAGUUGAACAAGGUUGCUUGGCUUUGUCGAGCGUGUCACAGCUUCGUACAUCGCCUUGCAACGAACGAAGAAUUGGCUAAGGAGUGGUAUAGCAUCGAGCUUUUGUUGGAAAGAGACGAUGUUCAGAAGUGGGCAAUUUGGGUCAGCAAAGUCCGAUGGAAAGCCAAGUAGUAGUUCAAAAGAAUAUACAUUGCUCAUGCUACUUUCAGCAAUCAAACU